AUGGAGCUCAGGGACCCCGAGCCCCCCGAGGAUGGGGAUGCACAGGAGGACACAGCCACCACCCUCCAGCGGCUGGUGGAGCUGACGGCGGCCAGGGUGACCCCGCUGAGGAGUCUCCGCGUCCAGUUCUGCCUCAUCCGCAAGCUGGGCUCCGGCUCCUACGGCCGCGUGCUCCUCGCCCGGCCUCGCCAAGGGGGUCCUGUGGUGGCUCUGAAGCUCCUGCGUCGGGACUCCGUGUUGAGAACCACGUUCCUGAGGGAAUUCUGCGUGGGCCGCUGUGUCUCUUCACACCCGGGCCUGCUCCAGACCCUGGAGAACCCCCUGCAGACCUCCCGGUAUUUUGCCUUUGCCCAGGAGUAUGCACCGUGUGGAGACCUGAGCGGAAUGCUUCAGGAGAGGGGCCUCCCAGAACUGCUGGUGAAGCGGGUGGUAGCCCAGCUGGCCGCAGCCCUGGACUUCCUCCACGGCCGGGGCCUUGUCCACGCAGAUGUCAAGCCAGACAAUGUGCUGGUCUUUGAUCCCCUGUGCAGCCGCGUGGCCCUGGGCGACUUGGGUCUGACCCGGCCGGAGGGCAGCCCAGCCCCUGCCCCGCCAGGCCCGCUGCCCUCGGCGCCUCCCGAGCUCUGCCUUCUCCUGCCCCCCGACACCCUGCCCCUGCGGCCGUCUCUGGACUCCUGGGGGCUGGGGGUGCUGCUCUUCUGUGCGGCCACGGCCGGCUUCCCGUGGGAUGUAGCGUUGGCUCCCGACCCUGAGUUUGAGGCCUUCGCUGGCUGGGUGACCACCAGGCCCCAGCCGCCUCGGCCUCCACCGCCCUGGGACCAGUUUGCGCCCCCGGCUCUGCUGUUGCUGCAAGGACUCCUGGACCUGGACCCCGAGACAAGGAGCCCCCCGCUGGCUGUCUUAGACUUCCUGGGGGACAACUGGGGGCUGGAGGGGAACAGAGAGGAGCCUGGGGCCCUGGGGCCACUGUCCAGUGAGGAAGGGGAUGAGGAAGAGGGAGGCUCGAGCUUGGAGGAGUGGACAGAUGAAGAGGGCAGUGGAAGCGGCGGGAGGGAGGAGACAGAAGGAGAAGCACCAUGA